AUGAAUAUAGAAGACUUAUGGCUGUGGCAGUUCGUGAAUCUGCCUUUCAAGCGGCAUCUUGUAAUCGGCUUUGUUCUCAGGCUGGUUAUGGUGUUGUACGGCGAAAUCCAUGACAUGAUCCACGAACUGCCAUACACAGAUGUCGACUACAAAGUCUUCACGGACGCAGCCAGACACGUCCUUGAUGGAAAAUCACCAUACGAACGCCACACCUACCGUUACAGCCCCAUAAUAGCUUACCUGAUGACACCUAACAUCUUCGCAGGAAAGUAUGUUGGAAAAAUCAUCUUUUCCAUCUUCGACAUCCUCGUAACGAUCGCUGUCAAAAAUUUAGUAGAACAACAGCUAGGUGCGUCAGCCAAGGGUAAAGUUUUGAAAACUUCUUUGUAUUGCUCGCUAAUUUGGUUGUACAACCCUCUUAGCGUAACGAUAUCGUCGCGAGGCAACGCAGACUCGGUGCCAUGUUUUUUCAUCAUACUAUCCUUGCUCUGCCUGCAGACUGAUGUCGUAAAAGGGCUAUCAAAAUACGCGCUAUCCGGCAUUUUACUGGGCAUUUCAAUACAUUUACGUUUAUAUCCUAUAGCGUUCAGUUUUCCUAUGUACCUUUCCCUCGGCGAAUACAAGAUUAAUCGUCGAACCAGCAUCAAAGAUGGACUCCUAUCGCUCGUGCCUAAUAUGAAGCAAAUAAUUCUCGCGCUGAGCUGCGUCACUACUUUGUUUUUACUCACCUAUGGCAUGUAUCUGCUAUACGGCUACGAGUUUCUCUUCGAAACCUAUAUCUACCACUUAUUCAGAAAGGACACGAGGCACAAUUUCUCCGUACUUUUCUACUAUUCGUACAUAACCACCGAUCUGCUUUCUUUCGAUAUAAUCAAAGCAGUGACACAAGGUUUCGAGAUUAUUAUACUUUUCGUCCUAAGUUUGACUUUUGGUUGCGAUCCAAAAACAUUGUCAUUCGCCUUAUUCUCGCAGGCAGUGGUCAUGGUGGCUUACAACAGCGUGAUGACGUCACAGUACUUCAUUUGGUUUCUAUCGCUUCUACCUUUGGUUGUGCAUAACUUUAGACUGAAGGCUUCUAAAGGUGUAAUCUUGAUAAUGCUCUGGGUUUCCGCACAAGUGGCUUGGCUAUAUUACGCGUACUUACUGGAAUUUAAAUGUCGGGAAAUAUUCAUUCUUAUUUGGUUGAAGGGUGUCGUAUUCUUUUGUGUAAAUGUUUUUGUUCUGGCUAACCUUAUAAAGUGUUACCAGCCGGGUUACAAUUUCGGUCUUGUAGAUAUUAGUCAGACAAAAUCAAAAUACAAGUAGCACUGAGUGUAUUAGACUGUAGAGUAGAUUUUAUAGUUAUUUGAAAUAUUAUGUGUCGUGCAAUAUGAAAUAAAAGUGGAAAAUUUUAUAA